UUAAAGACCUUUCAAACUGACACGUAUUAUACGUGUUAAAUCCGGGUUGUGUAAUUUCGCGCUCUCGUCUGCCGGUAUCUUGGCAACGGUAUUUCUACUCGGUUAUCAGCGUUUUGUUUUCCACCUGAUCUGAAAAUCUUUUGACCUGUGUAACUGUCACUCAGAAGUUUCUUCAGCUCCGCGGUUUGAAAGGAAUGAUUCCUGUUAAGUUGCGCCGACGGCGUUCCUGUGAGUAUAGUGGGUUGUGUUGUAAGGUCAGUCAAUGAACAUCAGCUGAACCAGGUGGAUAGGGCUGCAAAGCAUCUUGGGUAACAUCAACAACAAAGGCCCGGACUGCUACAGUUGUGCCAUAAAAUCGGAUUUUCUCCACAAAUUGACGGGUUAUGAUGUUGAAUGGAAUUUAGGAUGCGCUGGCACUCUUGUAGGUUCUGUGAGGUUUUUUGGUAGUUCUACAUCAGCGUAUUUUAACCGGCCAUGGUUAAAUUAAACGGGGUAAAAGAUCAAAGCACUGCCGAAACGGCGCCAACUUCGAGUAAAGGGCUGAUCUGUUUUAUUUGUGGUGCAUCAAAUGCGAACUGGCCAGUUUACUGCAGAUCGCGCAAUUCGGGGAAAAUGCCGUUUUUCCCUUUCUUGGAGUAUCACGAGCCGGCUGAGGGAGCUCGACCGGUGGACAAAGCAAGCGGACAAAUCGACUCUUGUACGGUAUGCUUCUCUUUCCUUACUCAACAAUGGCACGCUUUCGAAGAAAGCGACACUCCAGUUAUUAAACGAAUUUAUUGGCUUAAAAGGUCGGGCCCUGAGUCAAGCAGUGAACGAGCUCAAAGCCCUGUUGCGAACAGCCAAGUCAGGGGAGAGGAAUCAAUGCCUAACGACAACACAAUGGCUGAAGAGAAUUAUGACACCGAAAGUACAGAACAAUGCACGAUAGUUCCUGGUGAACUAUCGGAAGGGAAUAUUAAUGCAACCACUUCAGACUUGGGAAGUGUUAAUCCGAUUUCUGAACACUCGACUGGCCCUUUUGUUGAGAAUUCUUCACUCGCUUCUCGACGUGCUGUGGGUCUAGAAACAUGCUACAUCUGCAGUCGGCGGAAGCCAAAAGAAUUUAUGAGAAGUGUUCACACCAGGCCACAGCUCAAAACCGAGACACCGUUUUACCCAUGCCUUGCUCGGCAUGUUCCACCCACAGUGGCAAAGCAGAUGGACUACCUUGGAAAAGUUCUUGUUUGCGAAGCUUGUCAAAAAUUUUUAUUUCGCCAAUGGCAAGUUUUCCAGAAGAAUUUGACCCCUCUGAGUGAGAGACAGUACCAAUUGAGAUCUGAUCCCUCCCUCCCAAGGGAACAACAGUCCCAGCUGUCAACCAUGGUGUGCUUCAUUUGUGGAGUAACGCAGCCUGCGACAUCAGGGAGAUUUCUUUAUUCUCGUAAGCAUACACCCGGACACCCAUAUUAUCCAUUUUUAAACAAUCUACCAACACCUGAAGGAGCCAUGCCUUUGACAAAGCAAGGGCUCACCAGGGCUUGUAGCGGAUGCCGCAAAUCACUCCAUAGACAGUGGAAGCAUUUUGAGGCUGCUGGGAUCAGUGAUGAAAAGAGGGAGUACAGGAUUCGCAAUGAGGUUAUGGUUCAGAUGGGAGGAAGUGUAACAGGGUUAACAGAAACAUCAACCAAGAUAGCCUGUUAUACCUGUGGUCAGCAGUGUUCUGAAUCCGAUUUGAGACCUGUUCAUACCAAAGCAAACACCAAUCCUCUAAGAGAGACUUUCUACUUUCCCUUUAUAGCGUCAAUGAAACCUCGGAAAGACAGUAGACACCUGGAUGCUGAAGGCCGGACGUUUGUUUGCAAAAAAUGUCAUGCACAACUGAGAAUAGAAUGGGAAGAGUUUGAGAAAAAUGGUGUACCCCAGGAGGAACGCUCUUAUGUAUUGAAAUUGAGUGCGGCAAUAGCAGAAGACCUAGAUAUCUCUUCAGUUUGUUUUCUCUGUGGUGUUACUGUAAAUGCAUCAUUUCAUUUUAAGCUAUAUUCUUAUCCUCAUAGUGGGAAGGGAAUUUCUGAUGGAGGACCAUUUUUUCCUUUUCUGUCAUCUCGAGAACCUGCUCGUCAUGCCCAACCAAUAGAUAGUGAAGGCACUGCAGUUGCCUGUGAAAUUUGUUAUAAUAACUUAAUGGUGCAGUGGAAAGCUUAUGAAGGAUCAGACAUUCGUGAGGAUUCUAACAGAUGGCUUCGAAAGUAUCUGGUAGCCACCAUAAACUGUUAUCUUUGUUCUAAACAAGGGUCAAGGACGUUCUCUGGAGCUGUAAACAAACAACUCAUAACAUUCCCUCCCAAUCACCACCCACCAAAAACUGGAAUUGUGGUUAACAAUGGUAGAGAUGUUGUUUUAUGUGAUGGUUGUCAGAAGGAAGUACAGAGAGAUCUCGAAGCUAUGGAUGAUUCUAAUGCUGCAUUAGGUAUGUUGACAUGGCAACAGAACAAUCAAGAUAAAGAUGAGAAUCUCCAAGAGAGUGAUAUCAAAGGACGCAAAUCGAAACUUAGCAACCAGGGACGGGUUAUAGUCAUUGACUCCAGCGAAGAAAGUGAAGAGGGUGAUGGUAGCUUGGUCCAGCUGCAAAACAAGAAAGUGAAAUUGAAUACCAACAGCCAGAGUUCAAAUGCGUCCCCCAUGCACUAUACAACUUCAGUGUCACCCGGAAUACAACCUGUGUUGCUUAAUAAAGAUUCAGCACCUGCGUCCACUGACCCGUCCAUGUCAGCAGGUCAAGCUAGUUUCGCAGCAGCCCUUCGAAAAUUAGCCAAACAAGCUAAACCAGUUCCGUCUUCAACCUCAUCUCCUGCACCAUCAAACAGCAGCUCUCAGUCUGUUUCACCCAGUAUCUCUGCUGUCAGUGGAAAAAGUACAGGAAUGUCUCCAUCCAGAACCUCACCAUCAGCAAGUCAAACAGAAAUGAAUACCAAAGAUAGGGGAGAUCAUCAGAGUCCAGGAGUGAUUCCUAACCGUACCCCUCCUGUGACGUCCACUGCAACACUGGAUCCAGAUCACAGAAAUCACCGCCCAGGUGAACAAACUCAUGACCCAAAUAGGGGUCCCCAAAGGCCAGAAGUUAGCCACCAGGCUCGGAUGGGGCAUGAAGUGAUGCCAGGUGUUUAUUCAACAGUGGCUAGAGGUAGGAUAUUCGUAUUACAAAACAAAGGCAAGUUGUUAGUCCUCACUCUAGAGUGUUCUAGGUGGGGAAUUAUUUUACCUUUAAGAGGAUAUAUGUAAUUUGAAUUGAACUGUAAGGGAAAUGGGGAAAAUGGCUUUGUGGAUGUACUAAGUGUUUACUGCUGCAGAUUUGAGGAAGUCAUUUUUGUGUGAUCAACUGUUCUAUAAUCAUAUCCAUAUGAGGAUUUAUUGUGAUUUUAUUCACAUUUUGCUUGGGAUGUUGGUUAUUUGAAUAAUGAGCCUUGCACUUUUUAGCCUUGUUUAUUUUAAUUUGGCUAAAGCCACCUGUCUGAAUUUCUGACUACGUUCCCUUCAUAACAUCAACCAAGAGCAGAUUCAGGUCUUGCAACAUGCCACCCAGUUAGCUGCUACAGCCAGUCUUUGUGACUUCAGAAACAACUAGGGUAGGCAGCAAUUGUUGAGCCAGUUAUUCUCAUAUUGCAGAUCUUACAGAAGUCUUUUUAAAAGUGUAACUUAAUGAAUUAUUUGUACAAGAAACAAAAUGGUUUGAGGCACUUCUAGGUAGAUUGCAAAGGCAGUUUACAAGGUUUUUGAAUUUGGGAGAGAUCAGGGAGUUGAUUUACAAAAGUUUAAAUUCAGUAUUCAUCAAUUUGCAUUCCUCUUGUGGAAAUUUCAGUUGCCUAGCAAAGUGACAAAAGGGUAGGACUGUAGAAAUCUCCAAACAAGUUCAUUCCUUAUGCCUUUCAUUGUUGUUGAAUAAUUAAUAAGAUCAGUGAAUUGUGGAUUUUCUUGAGGCUUUUUAAGGUGAUUUGAAUCAGGUACGAUCCUGUUUUUUUCGGUAAAUUUUGGGACAUCUUGACAGGGAAUAUUUCCUUGUUUUCUAGGAGGGCUACAUGCAUGUCUUGGUUUAUUUUGUGUAAAAUUUGAACAAUAUUUAUUCAUGUUUGGUAGGGGGUUAUUUAUAAUUACACAAGGUUUUCAUAUGAAAGGACUUAGAACCAUAAAAUAUUUUACAGUGUCUUGCAUUUCUUUGAGGUUUUUAAGUUAUCUUUUUUAGUUUAAAUUGGAGUUAAGUUUAUUGUGGAUAUUUGAAAAUAUAAAGGUUUGAUCCCAGAAGUCCAGACCUUUCUCUCUCAUUAGCAGAUAACACCAAAACACUUUCUUAUUUGUCUUGAAUAGCAGGUCAUUUACAAUAAUGCUACUUAUCAAUAUUCUUCCACAAAACUCUUUUACAUAGAGAUGUGUUGCAUUUCUUGUGAAAAAUUAUUUUUGAUGUCUAUUCACUGUCAAUUAAUUUGAGCGAUCAAAAGCAAGUCGCAUUAAUCUACAAACAGAUAUCUGCCAGCAGUUAAUUCAGAUUAGGGUUUCCUGUUUAUUCAAUGUUAUAUGUAAAUGUUGCCAUGCUCGGUUUAUGUAGAUCUACCGGCAAUUCAACUUGUCUCCUUGUCUGUGACUUUUGCUUUACAGAUAUUAGCACUUGAAGCAUUAAAUUUUAUACCAUUUCCAAGAAGAACAAAUCAUUUUGCUACCUAAAGAUGAUGUUUCCUCAACAUUUGUAAUACUUUACACUGAAUCAUAUUUUGGUGUUUUGUCUUUUAUCAACAAGCUAUUCAUGAAUAAUCUGAGGUUCUACUCAACUUACAAUCGCCCGUUGCUGUGCAAUAGUUCUUCCCUCGGUAUAUUAUCACUCACACAUUACCACUGAUAAAAAUAUCAAGAAGAGGGAACUAAACAUGUUUAUGAUGUCAAAUGAUAGUCAUCUUCUUGCAGUAUGUCUCUCAAUUUUGGUAUUAAUCUUUGAUUCUUUUUAGCACUAGUCAUGGAAUGAAAUUUAAACCAUAAAAUUCUAAAA